UCAGUCGCAUCAACAACCAAUAUCGAUUCCUCUCAAAUCUAAUCGAUCCGAGGCAACCAAGAGAUAUGAUCAACCAAAGAAUCAGAAAAAAAAGGCAGAUUGGAUGAUAAGCAAGUCAUGUGGAUGGGCAGGAAAUUUGAUGUUCAUGGUUGAGCUUCGGAAGAAGAUUCUGAUCUUUAGAGACACAAUUGACCUUGCUCCUUGCAGUGGAUCUGGUCCCAUCAAGGAGUUGUUGAUGAAAACUGCCAACGACCUCCAUAAACUUUACCCCAAAGUUCUAGCUAGUGUUCAAAUGUCAGAUACGGAUGGCACAACUGUACAACAGGCAUUGGCCUUCUUCUACAAUGCUCUCAGAUCUGUUGGAGAUUCAUGGACUGAGAAUCACAAGUGGUUGACCAAAUUCAAAUGUAAGAAAGAUGGUAACAUGGAUGACAUUGCUUCUGAGGAGUUUGGUGAAAGAGUGUUGGAGAAGCUGUCUUACAUGAUUACGAUAGCAAGAGAAAUGUUUGAUGUAAUGGAUGAGGAAGAACAGAAGAACAAUAAGAGUUCAGGAGACAUCUUAAUCGGAUCAUACUCAAACAAUAAAUCCCCCUUCUGUCACUCUCCAGACACCCCAACUUCAGUACUUCCAGAGGUGAUCCACAAUUCCACAAAAAUUGGGGAUAUUGCAGACUUUUCUUAUUCACCACCUCUUCUCAUGCCUCUCAGGAUCCAAGCUGUUGGGAAAUUGAAACCCAUUGAUGUAAAGCGACUCGCAUUCCACAGUUUCUCUCAUGUAUCAUCUCAAGCUUCCAGCCCUGAGAAUCAAAGUAGCAGGAUAUUGGAUGAACCUAUGCCAGAGGGCCAAGAAGAAAAGAGCGAUUUAGAACCAAAACCAGAUUCAGGGAGCAAACAAGAGAUUAGAGUAGUUAAUGCGGCAACUGUAACCCGAGAGAUUACAAUGUAUGAUUCAGAUCAGAUGGCUAGAAAUGAGAGUGGGAAUCUCACCAGUUGUGAAUCUUCCAAAAGGAGAAUGCCCUCUGUUCCAGUUUCAUCACUUACAGCAAAUGGACCCCAGCUACAGUCACCACCUCGACAAUCAGGGAGCAAGCAAGAGAUCAGAGAAGUUAAAGCUGCAGCUGUAACUCGAGAAAUUACAAUGUAUGAUUCAUAUCAGAUGGCCAGAAAUGUGAGUGGGAAUGUCACUUCCAAAAGGAGAGUGCCCUCUGUUCCAGUGUCAUCACUUACAGCAAAUAGACCUCAACUACAGCCGCCAUCUCGACAAUCAGGGAGCAAGCAAGAGAUCAGAGAAGUUAAAGCUGCAGCUGUAACUCGAGAAAUUACAAUGUAUGAUUCAGAUCAGAUGGCCAGAAAUGUGAGUGGGAAUGUCACUUCCAAAAGGAGAGUGCCCUCUGUUCCAGUUUCAUCACUUACAGCAAAUAGACCCCAGCUACAGUCACCAUCUCGACAAUCAGGGAGCAAGCAAGAGAUCAGAGAAGUUAAAGCUGCCGCUGUAACUCGAAAAAUUACAAUGUAUGAUUCAGAUCAGAUGGCCAGAAAUGUGAGUGGGAAUGUCACUUCCAAAAGGAGAGUGCCCUCUGUUCCAGUUUCAUCACUUACAGCAAAUAGACCCCAGCUACAGUCACCACCACCUCGACAAUCAGGGAGCAAGCAAGAGAUCAGAGAAGUUAAAGCUGCAGCUGUAACUCGAGAAAUUACAAUGGAUGAUUCAGAUCAGAUGGCCAGAAAUGUGAGUGGGAAUGUCCCCAGUUGUGAAUCUUCCAAAAGGAGAAUGCCCUCUGUUCCAGUUUCAUCACUUACAGCAAAUAGACCCCAGCUACAGUCACCACCUUGGCAAUCAGAGAGCAAGCAAGAGAUCAGAGAAGUUAAAGCUGCAGCUGUAACUCGAGAAAUUACAAUGUAUGAUUCAGAUCAGAUGGCCAGAAAUGUGAGUGGGAAUGUCCCCAGUUGUGAAUCUUCCAAAAGGAGAAUGCCCUCUGUUCCAGUUUCAUCACUUACAGCAAAUAGACCCCAGCUACAGUCACCACCUCGGCAAUCAGAGAGCAAGCAAGAGAUCAGAGAAGUUAAAGCUGCAGCUGUAACUCGAGAAAUUACAAUGUCUGAUUCAGAUCAGAUGGCCAGAAAUGUGAGUGGGAAUGUUACCAGUUGUGAAUCUGCCAAAAGGAGACGGCCCUCUGUUCCAGUUUCAUCACUUACAGCAAAUAAACCCCAGCUACAGUCACCACCUCCACAAUCACCCACACUGCCACCAAAUGUCUCAGCAGCACCACCACCACCUCGACCUCCACCACCAAUGUUUCCGGAAAAUUUAACCGCAGCCCCAUCCCUACCACACGAGUUUCUGCCAAAUGUAUCCCCAGCAGUAACUCCACCGAUACCACGACCACCAACACUGCCUCCAAAUGCUACAGCAACCUCAACAUCAGCACCCAAUUUUCUGCGGAAUGUAUCAAUACCACCACCACUACCACCAUCAGGAGCAGUAGCAACACCACCUCCGCCACCACUACCACCAUCAGGAGCAAUAGCAACACCACCUCUGCCACUGCCACCACCAACACUGCCUCCUAAUGCUACAGCAAACUCACCAUCAGUGAUCAAUUUUCUGCCAAAUGUAUUAAUACCACUACCACCACUACCAUCAUCAGGAGCAGUCGCAACACCACCUUCGCCACCACCACCACCACCACUACCAUCAUCAGGAGCAGUAGCAACACCACCUUCGCCACCACCACCACCACCAGGAGCAGCUCCACCUCCACCUCCAACACCAGGAGCAACAGCACCACCACCACCUCCACCUCCAACACCAGGACCACCACCACGACCAGGAGCAACAGCACCACCACCACCUCCACCUCCAACACCAGGAGCACCACCACCGCCACCACUACCAGGAGCAGCUACCCCACCCCCACCACCCACACUUCCAUCAAACGGAUCAGUACCACCACCUCCCAUGCCACACGGAAAAGGUGCAGCUCCUCCACCACCCCCUGGAGCAAAAGCACUGCGUCCCAAGAAAGCAAAUACCAAAUUGAAGAGAUCAACCCACAUGGGUAACCUGUAUCGAGUGCUCAAAGGGAAGGUUGAAGGAUCUAGUGUUAUUGCUAAGUCAUCUCAAGCAAAGAAGAGUCAGGUUGGGGCCUCUGGGGGUGGCAAACAGAGCAUGGCUGAUGCAUUGGCAGAGAUGACAAAGAGAUCAUCCUACUUCCAACAAAUUGAAGAAGACAUCAAGAAUUAUGCCAAAUCAAUAAAUGAAGUUAAGAAAGACCUUAAUUCUUUUCAAACAAAGGAUAUGGCUGAGAUGCUUAAAUUCCACCAACAAGUCGAGAAACAACUUGAGAAGCUGACAGAUGAAAGCCAGGUAUUAUCAAGGUUUGAAGACUUCCCAUUAAAGAAGCUGGAAGCAUUAAGGCUGGCAGCAGCAUUGUACUUAAAGCUGAAUGAAAUAGCCACCAACCUAGAGAGCUGGAAGAUAGUGCCUCCUUUGGGUCAGCUUCUUGACAAAUUUGAGAGCUACUUCAGUAAGAUCAAGGUAGAAUUAGAAACACUGGAAAGAACCAAAGAUGAAGAAACUAAGAAAUUACAAAGUUACAACAUCCAUUUUGACUUUCAUAUCCUGGUGCGAAUCAAAGAAUUGAUGGUCGAUGUCUCAUCAAAUUGCAUGGAGUUGGCACUGAAGGAGAGAAGAGAAGCAAAGGCAGCAGCCUAUAAAGAAACUGGAUCCAAGGCUGACAACCGAUCGAAGGCAUGCAUAAAGAUGCUUUGGAGGGCUUUUCAGUUAGCCUUUAAGGUCUAUUCCUUUGCUGGUGGACAGGAUGAUCGGGCUGACAGGUUGUCCAAGGAACUGGCUCAUGAAAUAGAGACCCAUCCUCAUCACUAAUAUGCGAGAUCAGAACCAUUUCUCAAUUUGCAGUGGUUAGUUCCUCAUUUUUGUCUGGAAGUUAACAGUGAUGAUCAGUGAGCAAAUGUGCAUGUGAGUUUAUGAUCUUAAUAAACCAAA